UAAAAGAAGUUUCUGAAUUUAAUGAUAACCAUAAAGAAAAAGCAUGGUUGCAAUCAUAUAUUGCACCAGAAAAGAAAGACCCUGGACAGCCACUUAUUCUUGUUAUUUUAACAAACUUUAUGAUAUAUUGUCAUGAAUUACAGAAAGCAGGUGAAUUAGUAUACAUGAACACAACUGCCAGGUUAAAUAUACUUAAUACUUCCUUAACAAUUCUUUCAACAAGCACAUCUGUCAGUGGUUUGCUUCUUACUGUAAUCCUUACUUCAAAUGAAUCAACAAAUACUUUUACUAAAGUACUAGAUAUAUUAAAACACAUGAUAUUAUCAAUAGCAUUUAGUAAAUAUGGUAGUAUUGUUGAAUCAUAG